AUGGUGGUCCUGCUGCUGCUGCCUCUACUGUUGGGGGGAUCCCUGCAGCAGCAGCAUCCAGGCUAUGAGAUCCAAGUGCAGGAAUCGGUGACGGUGCAGGAGGGUCUGUGUGUCCAUGUGCCCUGCUCCUUCUCCUACCCGUGGAGUCCGUGGUCUUCCUCUAGCGAACUCUACACCUACUGGUACCGGGACGGGGACAACACAGCCUAUUCUGCUCCUGUGGCCUCGAGCAACCGGAAUAAAACAGUGAGGACAGAGACCCAAGGCCGCUUCCUCCUCGCGGACCCCAUGACCAACAACUGUUCCCUGCAAAUCAGAGACGCCAGGAGGAGUGACAGAGGACGCUACUUCUUCCGUGUGGAGAGAGGAGAUUCUGUGAGAUAUAAUUACAUAAUGAAGAAGCUGCAUUUGCAGGUGACAGCCCUGACAGAGAAACCCCACAUCCGUGUACGGGAGCCUCUGGAGUCCGGCCGCCCCACACAGCUGGCCUGCAGUCUGCCAGGGGCCUGUGAAGGGGGACGACGUUUCACCUUCUCCUGGGCGGGAGCUGCUGUGGACUCGCUGGACCCCCAGACCCUCCGCUCCUCGGUGCUCACCUUCACCCCGAGGCCCCGGGACCAUGGCACCAACCUCACCUGUCAGGUGAAACGGGAAGGGUCCCAGUGGACCACACAGAGAACCAUCCGGCUCAAUGUGUCCUCCCUCAAGAUUCUGCAAACCACAUCCCUUUCCAUCCUGGAGGUAGAGGCGAUGAGGCUGAUCUGUGAGGCUGACAGCAACCCCCCUGCUGAGCUGAGCUGGUUCCAGGGGUCCCCAGGCCGGAACGCCACCCCCAUCUCCAGCACCGCGAUCCUGGAGCUGCCUCGCGUGGGGCCUGCACAGGAAGGAGAGUUCACCUGCCGGGCUCAGCACCCGCUGGGCUCCCAGCACGUCUCCUUCAGCCUCUCUGUGCAGAGUGAGUCCCCUCCCUGCAGAUGUGUGACUGAGGAGCAGCAGGGCUCCUGGCCCCUGGUCCUCACCCUGAUCAGAGGGGCCCUCAUGGGGGCUGGCUUCCUCCUCACCUACGUCCUCACCUGGCUCUACUACACCAGGUGUGGAGGCCCCCGGAACAGGAGGCAGAGCUCCUGAUGGAUCCCCCCUUCCUCUCAAGAUGGGACUGAGGUGUGGACACCAGGCUACAGGGACCGUCCUGGGACGUCCAUGUCACCAUCUCCCUGGAAGCUCUUGACUCACCUGCCUCCAAUGUGCCCCUGGAUUUCAGUGUGUGGAAGUGACUGAGUGACCACAGGGGAGUCAAUGCCAUGGAGAGAAGACUUUUACUCCUUUCACCUCCUGAGAGGAGGGGCCGCUGU